GCAUCCGAUACGCAACCAAACGUAGCUGCAGGUGGAGUGGGACAACCCAUAUGAUUACCUGUCCGGCAGAACAAACGCCGAAUUUAAAGGAACUCGCGGUGCAUCUGAAGCCUUGCGCUUUGCACAAUGUCGAGACGGCGAUCAGGCCGCCACAAUGGAAGCGCUGGCCAUCGGUAUGAGUCGCAUGAUGCACAAGAAGAGCAACAGAUGCUUGUGAGCAAGCAACUGGAGGAAGAAUCUUUCGUUCCGGAAUCCUCACUGGCGCGACCUGAAGACGCUCAAGCAGCUGCGGAUAUUAACGCCGCUAUCAUUCAAGCAAGCCCACAAACAAAACCACACCCACAACAGUCCGCGCAAUAUACAAACAAGGGAGGUAAACUCGGGAAACAGCUAGCAGUCACGACGUCGUCCCUACGACCAGUCGUUAUCAUAAGAAAAUCUUUGAAUGCAGCCUCCUCAAAAGAGCGACAGAGCAUUGAAGAGACUCAAAGUGCUACAUCAAACGAGAAGCCUGGCACGAAAAGAAAGAGGGGAAGGCCAAAGACAAGUACAAUCAAAAGUACUCAGGCAAAGAGUCCUGUUCUCGGGCUCAGACGCUCAUCUAGGAUCACUGGAGGUAACACUGGAUCUACUUCUGAAGCCACGAGAGCCCAAGAAAGAGCAAGCAUUAUCUCAAAUGCUACAGCAGAUCAGGUAGACAGUAAUCCAUCAUUCGCAACUGCGGACAGUACAAGAACAACCCGGCAGAAGGCUUCGGUGGAAGCAAACAUAGCUGUCGAUUCGAGCACUGAGGCCAGCCCAACGCAGACACCGCGACAUGUUGGUGUUCAAAUUCAUCGUGGCAAAACUGUCUCGCACGUCUUCGAUAACUGUAAGACCAAGACAAGCAAGCAAUUCGUCGAGCUUUGCAUCGAGGUCAUCAACAAGUUUAAGAAAAGUAACCUUGAUGACGUCAAGUAUGCGCAGAGUCUAUUUGGCAAAGUUAAGAGUGGAUUAAAUACCCUUCUCCAUAGCGGCAAGGACAACGAGAACAGCAGGGGUGACCAAAACAGCGAGGACGAUGAGAAUAGCGAGGAAGAGGAGAACAGCGAGGUGGAUGAGGACGACAAGGACUACAAAAAGUACUUGGUGCAAGACGCAUAUACCAUGGUCAUCCCUAAGCUCAGUGAGCUCCUCAAGGCAGUGUACACUGCGUACGGAAAUGAGGUACUCGCAUCUCGUGACAAUUCCAUCGCUAUGUCUUUCAAACAAUCCGAUUUCAUACGUGGGAUUGCCGAGACGAUCAUCAAUUUCGAGGCUCAGAUUCGCGCCUGGGGCAUACAACCCGCCACCGACCUACCUAUCAAGCGACCGAUCAAGACCCACGCAAUCGCCCCGCUAAAGGAAAUCUGCAGAACCCUAAACAGGGCGCUCCACAGAGAAAGAGAGUCCCGCAAAUUGGCUGCCGACCAAGCUCGUAUUAAGGCGGACUUAGAAGCCCGUGCAAUCGACGAUGAGUGCGAGCUUGCCGAAUCGCGCAGUCGGUAUGAGCGAUAUAAAUUUUGGUCUGCGCUCAACCAGCUGCGCCUCGACGUAGAGAAGAACCCACGGCGCAGACCAUUCCUGUGCGUCAGCGCGGUGCCGAGUAAUGACAAUAUCGGCCUCGAUGCCAACGGGGACCCGUUCGAGCGCAUAGGGGUGUUUGGCGAGCGUACGACGGCGCGACCGCUGCUGGAAGCGGUGGAGAUGAGGAAUGGGAGCUGGAGCGAGGAACAGCUGGAUGCGCUGCUGUGGAGCUUGGAACACGAGAGUAGCGAGGAGCCAUUACUGUUAUUCAAAUGUAUUUUUGCGAGGUGGUGUGGGGCCGGGGGUGUAUUGCAAGACUUUAAUUGUGAGGAGAUUUAUGGUAUGGCGAAAUAUAUGAAGGCCUUGUUGAUGGAGGAAGAGGCGAUGGAUGGGUUAGAGGAGAGAGAUUGGGUGAGGAGAAUCCCGAGUAGGUGUUAGCGGCUGGACAUUCCGUGUGUGAGUUUGAUAUGAUACCCAAUAUUGUUCGUUGCAUAUAGUCAUGUCCAUGAUAUGAAUGAUACAUCUA